AUGUUGAAUAUAAGACAACUGGCACAAAUACGGGCUCCUCUAAUAAGGAAAUGUGUUGGAAUCCUGAAAUUGGCUCUGCGUUAUUCUUCAGUAGAUACAAAUCAGUCAACUAAGAUUCAAAUAAAUGAACUUGAUGGUAAAUGGGCUGAACGUUGGAAGAACAUGUCACCUAAUGGAUCAUUACAUCCAAGCAAACAUAUAGUAGAUGAACUGGCCGAACCGUUUUAUUGUUUGUCUAUGUUUCCUUAUCCAUCCGGAAUGCUUCAUAUGGGUCACCUUAGGGUCUACACUAUUAGUGAUGUCAUUGCUAGAUUUAAAAGACUUAAAGGGUACAAUGUCAUUCAUCCUAUGGGGUGGGAUGCAUUUGGCUUACCAGCGGAAAAUGCAGCUGUAGAAAGAGGGAUAAAUCCGGCUAUAUGGACUGAUAGUAAUAUCCAAAAGAUGAAAGAACAAAUGAGUUUAAUGCUAGCAGAUUUCGAUUGGGAUAGAGAAAUCUCUACAUGUUCUCCUGACUAUUAUAAAUGGACACAAAAGAUCUUUUUGCUUCUAUUUGAACACGGUUUAGCAUAUAGAAAUGAAGCCGAGAUAAAUUGGGAUCCAGUUGACCAAACUGUUUUAGCUAAUGAGCAAGUUGACUCCGAAGGAAAAUCAUGGAGAUCAGGUGCACAAGUUGAGAAAAGGAAUCUUGAGCAGUGGUUUAUUGGUAUCACUAAGUACGCAAAAGAUUUAAAUGAAGAUUUAAAAGUUUUAGACAAGUGGCCCGACAAGGUAAAGUCGAUGCAAAGUCAUUGGAUUGGCGAAUCACAGGGAGCGGAGAUUAAGUUUUUAACAGACAAUAAUCAAUUUUCCGAAAUAAAAGUCUUCACUACUAGACCUGACACUUUGUUUAGUGCUCAAUUUAUUGCUUUGGCAUUAAACCACCCAUUGGUCGAGAAACAUGCAGCAAAUGAUCCGAAAUUAGCUCAGUUCAUAAAGAAUUGCGAAAAUUCGGCAAUUGAUUCUAAGGAAGGUCAUUUAAUCGAAGACUUGAAAGUUUCGAUUCCGAUUACGGUGAAUAAUGAAAAAAAUCAUAAAUACGAUAUGCGUGUCUAUGCUGCUCCUUAUGUUUUAGGAACAUACGGACAUGGGGCGGUUAUGGGAUGUCCAGCACAUGAUGAACGUGAUUUUGAGUUCUGGAAACUUCAUAAUCCAACUAUUGCACCUUUGCAACUGGUAGGUAGUCCUAAACCAAACAAGAAUGAAAACAAUGCUCUUUAUACCAAUAAGCAAGGUAUUUUAUAUGAUAGGUCCGUUUUACCUAAUGGGUUACAAGAUUUAGGAAAAUAUAAUAAGAAAUCUACAAGCAAGGCUGCACAUGACAUAGUGGAAACAUUAGAAAGUUAUAAUUUAGGGUCAAAGUCAAUUCAAUAUAGGAUCAGGGAUUGGUUAAUUAGUAGACAAAGGUACUGGGGAGCGCCAAUUCCUAUUGUACAUUGUGAAAGUUGUGGACCCGUCGCGGUUCCAGACGACGAGCUACCAGUAAUGUUGCCAGAAAUUGAAGGACAAAGUUUUGGAAAGGGUAAUCCACUAGCCAAGCUUGAUGAUUUUGUAAAUACGAAAUGUCCUUCUUGUGGAAGUGAUGCCAAAAGAGACACUGAUACAAUGGAUACAUUUAUGGAUUCAUCAUGGUAUUUCUUUCGUUAUACUGAUCCUAUAAAUACUCAAUUACCAUUUGACCAUGCGAUAGCCAGCAAACACAUGCCAAUUGAUAUGUAUAUUGGAGGUGUCGAACACGCAAUUUUACAUUUAUUGUAUUCGAGAUUUAUUUCUAAAUUCUUGGGUAAUAUUGGUUUGUGGGAUGGCAAAGAUUAUAGAUAUGAACCAAUAAAGCAAUUGGUGACGCAAGGUAUGGUACAUGGUAAGACUUAUACCGAUCCAGAAAGUGAGAGAUUUUUGAAACCUGAGGAACUAGAUUUGUCGAAUGUAAAUGAACCUAAAAUAAUCAAAUCGGGUUUGGUUCCAAAUAUUUCAUAUGAAAAAAUGUCCAAAUCUAAAUACAAUGGUGCAGACCCCUCAGAAUGCAUAAAGAAGUAUGGCGCUGAUGCAACAAGAGCACAUAUGCUAUUCCAGGCGCCAAUAUCCGAUAUAUUAAAUUGGAAUGAAGAACAGAUUCAUGGAAUUGAUCGUUGGCUCCGAAAGGUAGUGAAUUUGAAUGAUUUAAUUGCUGAAUCAAUGUCAAAUGACAAUGGGAGAAAAAAUAAUGAUAACUGUACUGAAUACCAAAAUAUUCAAUUAAAUGAUAUUACUUAUGAAACUAUCAAAUUUAAUGAGACGGAAUUUGAGUUGUAUAAUGAUUCCCAGAAUUAUGUUGAAAGUGUUUCCAAGGCCAUUGAAAUUGAUUUUUCGUUUAAUACAAUAAUUUCUGAUUUUAUGAAAUUCACUAACUCAAUUUAUGCAGCAUUAAAGUCAAAAGAUUACGUGAAUUCUAAUUUGUUGCUAGAUUCGUAUAAGAGAUUACUCAUAAUCAUGGCACCAGUAACUCCUUGUGUUGCUGAGGAAUGUUGGGAACAGAUAUCGAAGUCCAUAGGAAGUCCUUGGUCAUCGAUAUUCUUCCAAAAAUAUCCUAAGGUAAACCAUAUUGAAUCUUCAUAUACCUCAUAUAAUGUAUUUGUGAAUGGGAAAGCAAGAGCCCUGUUUAAAGGACAAAAAUCCUUAGUGACUAUGGACGAGCAUGAAAUAUUACAGGAGGCUUUAAAACACGGCGCAAUUAGCCAAUAUGUUCCUGAUGGCGCGAUUAAAAAGAUGAUUGUUAAACCUGGAAUGAUAAGCUUGCUCACGCCAAAGAAAUAG